AUGCGAGUGUUCUACAAUUCGGUUGCUGCUUUGGGCAUCACAGCAGGGGCUCAUCGCCUGUGGAGCCACCGAACCUAUAAAGCACGGCUGCCCCUGAGGCUCUUCCUCAUCAUAGCCAACACCAUGGCUUUCCAGUCCCCACAAAUGCAUGCUCAGAACCGAGGUGUCUUGUAUCUUUGCAAAUCUGGGCCCUUGCAUUCCCCCCGGGGGGGGCAUCUCUUCUCAGUACUGGGGUCCUCUUUCCUGUCCCUCCAGAAUGAUGUGUAUGAAUGGGCCCGAGAUCACCGCGUCCACCACAAGUUCACAGAAACACACGCCGACCCUCACGAUUCCCGGCGUGGCUUUUUCUUCUCUCACGUGGGCUGGCUGCUUGUGCGCAAACACCCGGCUGUCAAAGAGAAGGGUGGAAAACUGGACAUGUCUGACCUCCAAGCUGAGAAGCUGGUCAUGUUCCAGAGGAGGUACUACAAGCCCGCUGUCAUGCUCAUCUGCAUCGUCCUGCCCACGCUGGUGCCCUGGUACUUCUGGGGCGAAAGUUUUCAACACAGCUUUUAUGCUGCUACUCUCCUGCGGUAUGCUCUAGUCCUCAAUUUCACCUGGCUAGUGAACAGUGCCGCCCACCUCUAUGGAUAUCGGCCGUAUGACAGGAACAUUGGCGCCCGAGAGAACGCCCUGGUUUCAGUGGCAUCUUUUGGCGAGGGCUUCCACAACUACCACCACACCUUCCCCUACGACUACUCUGUCAGUGAGUACCGCUGGCACAUCAACUUCACCACAUUCUUCAUCGACUGCAUGGCUGCCCUGGGCCUGGCUUAUGACCGGAAGAGAGUGUCCAAGGCUGCUGUCUUGGCCAGGAUCAAGAGAACUGGAGAUGGGAGCCACAAGAGUGGCUGA